CCCGCCGCUUUCCUUCUCCAUCUCUUUUCCUCCGCCUCGGCCGGCGCGAUGGCGAAGCCGCUGACGGACAGCGAGAAGCGGAAGCAGAUCAGCGUGCGCGGCCUGGCGGGGCUGGGCGACGUGGCCGAGGUGCGGAAGAGCUUCAACCGGCAUUUGCACUUCACGCUGGUCAAGGACCGCAAUGUGGCUACGCCCCGCGACUACUUCUUUGCGCUGGCGCACACGGUGCGCGACCACCUGGUGGGCCGCUGGAUCCGCACGCAGCAGCACUACUACGAGCGCGACCCCAAGCGCAUUUAUUAUCUUUCCCUGGAAUUCUACAUGGGCCGCACGCUGCAGAACACGAUGGUGAACCUGGGCCUUCAGAAUGCCUGCGAUGAAGCCAUCUAUCAGUUGGGGUUGGACUUGGAGGAACUCGAGGAGAUAGAAGAAGAUGCUGGCCUUGGGAAUGGAGGCCUGGGGAGGCUGGCAGCGUGUUUCCUUGACUCAAUGGCCACCUUGGGCCUGGCAGCGUACGGCUAUGGAAUCCGCUAUGAAUUUGGGAUUUUUAACCAGAAGAUUGUCAAUGGCUGGCAGGUAGAGGAGGCUGAUGACUGGCUGCGCUACGGCAACCCCUGGGAGAAAGCGCGGCCCGAGUAUAUGCUUCCUGUGCACUUCUACGGGCGCGUGGAGCACACCCCCGACGGCGUGAAGUGGCUGGACACACAGGUGGUGCUGGCCAUGCCCUAUGACACCCCGGUGCCCGGCUACAAGAACAAUACCGUCAACACCAUGCGGCUGUGGUCCGCCAAGGCUCCCAACGACUUCAAGCUGCAGGACUUCAACGUGGGAGACUACAUCGAGGCGGUCCUGGACCGGAACUUGGCCGAGAACAUCUCCAGGGUCCUGUAUCCAAACGAUAACUUCUUCGAGGGGAAGGAGCUGCGGCUGAAGCAGGAGUACUUCGUGGUGGCCGCCACGCUCCAGGACAUCAUCCGCCGCUUCAAGUCGUCCAAGUUCGGCUGCCGGGACCCUGUGAGAACGUGUUUCGAGACAUUCCCAGACAAGGUGGCCAUCCAGCUGAAUGACACCCACCCUGCCCUUUCCAUCCCCGAGCUCAUGCGGAUCCUGGUGGACGUGGAGAAGGUGGACUGGGACAAGGCCUGGGAAAUCACGAAGAAGACCUGUGCAUACACCAACCACACCGUGCUGCCUGAGGCCUUGGAGCGCUGGCCCGUGUCCAUGUUUGAGAAGCUGCUGCCGCGGCACCUGGAAAUCAUCUAUGCCAUCAACCAGCGGCACCUGGACCACGUGGCCGCGCUAUUUCCCGGAGAUGUGGACCGCCUGCGCAGGAUGUCUGUGAUCGAGGAGGGGGACUGCAAGCGGAUCAACAUGGCCCACCUGUGUGUGAUUGGGUCCCACGCUGUCAACGGUGUGGCGAGGAUCCACUCGGAGAUUGUGAAACAGUCGGUCUUUAAGGAUUUUUAUGAACUGGAGCCAGAGAAGUUCCAGAAUAAGACCAACGGUAUCACCCCCCGCCGGUGGCUGCUGCUGUGCAACCCGGGGCUGGCCGAUACCAUCGUGGAGAAAAUUGGGGAGGAGUUUCUGACUGACCUGAGCCAGCUGAAGAAGCUGCUGCCACUGGUCAAUGACGAGGCAUUCAUCAGGGACGUGGCCAAGGUCAAACAGGAAAACAAGCUUAAGUUCUCAGCCUUCCUGGAGAAGGAGUACAAGGUAAAGAUCAACCCCUCCUCCAUGUUCGAUGUGCACGUGAAGAGGAUCCACGAGUACAAGCGGCAACUGCUCAACUGCCUGCAUGUCAUCACCCUGUACAACCGAAUCAAGAGAGACCCGGCCAAGGCCUUUGUGCCCAGGACUGUUAUGAUUGGGGGCAAGGCAGCGCCCGGUUACCACAUGGCCAAGCUGAUCAUCAAGUUGGUCACGUCCAUUGGUGACGUCGUCAAUCAUGACCCAGUUGUGGGUGACAGGUUGAAAGUGAUCUUCCUGGAGAACUACCGCGUGUCCUUGGCUGAGAAAGUGAUCCCGGCCGCUGAUCUGUCGCAGCAGAUCUCCACUGCAGGCACCGAGGCCUCGGGCACAGGCAACAUGAAGUUCAUGCUCAAUGGGGCCCUCACCAUCGGCACCAUGGACGGCGCCAACGUGGAGAUGGCCGAGGAGGCUGGGGCCGAGAACCUCUUCAUCUUCGGCCUGCGGGUGGAGGAUGUUGAGGCCCUGGACCGGAAAGGGUACAAUGCCAGGGAGUACUACGACCGCCUGCCUGAGCUGAAGCAGGCUGUGGACCAGAUCAGCAGUGGCUUUUUUUCUCCCAAGGAGCCAGACUGCUUCAAGGAUGUCGUGAACAUGCUGAUGCACCAUGACAGGUUCAAGGUGUUUGCAGACUAUGAAGCCUAUGUGCAGUGCCAGGCACAGGUGGACCAGCUGUACCGGAACCCCAAGGGGUGGACCAAGAAGGUCAUCAGGAAUAUCGCCUGCUCGGGCAAGUUCUCCAGUGACCGGACUAUCACGGAGUAUGCGCGGGAGAUCUGGGGCGUGGAGCCCUCCGACCUGCAGAUCCCGCCCCCCAACAUUCCCCGGGACUAGGCGCACCCUGCCUUGGCGGGACCAGCGGGCUUUUGUUUUCUUGCUGACUUUGCACCUCCUUUUUUCCCCAAGCACUUUGCCAGCCGCUGGUGGUCCCUGCUUUUCUGAGUACCAUGUUUCCAGGAGGGGCCGUGGAGGUCAGGGUGGUUUUGAGAGAGCAGGGCAAAGGAGGAAUGUGCUAGAAGUGCUCCUGGUUUCUUGUAAAGGAAGCCAGAGUUGACGGUACAAAGGGGAGGUU